AUGAAGCAGAAGACAAGAAAGAUUGAAAGCAAACUUCUCGUGGGAUUACGGCUUAAAAAAGUUGAGAAAAGUUUUAAGAAUGAAAAAUUGUUUUUUCGUUUUAUUUUAUGUUGCGAUGUUGAACAUGUGCAAACCAUGCCGCACCUAGUUGUUCUUCUUCUUCUUAUUUUUGUUGAUGUUCACUCGCGUUCACAAAUCACUUAA